CUUCUGCUUCAUUCACACCAGAUUUAUUAUCUCCAGGAAGCUCAAACGCAUCUUCUCCUUUACCUUGUUUUGGACCCUCUUUCCAGUCUACGACGUCCUUUGUCAUUAGCGACAUCACAGAGGAGGAGGCAGAACUCGACAGCCCCGAGCUCCCGUCGGUUUCCAUGCUGUGCUCCACGGCCUCUGAGUGCUUCAAACCGGAGCCGAAGGAUCCGGACGAGGAAGAUUCUGUCUCUCUUUCAAAGGCCAGCAGUUUCGCGGACAUGAUGGGCAUUCUUAAAGACAUUCAUAGGAUGAAGCAGAGCAAAGACUUAACCCGAGCGUCAGUGAAGGAGGAGGACCCUGCCGUCCUCAUAGCCGAAGUCCUGAGGAGAAAAUUUGCCCUAAAGGAUGAAGAUCUGGCCCUGAAGGAGAAAUGA